AUGGCGAGGGAUGGGGCUCUUCUUGGUGAGGAGGAUGAGGGAGAUAUAUCGUACAAUGCGGUGGAGGGGGUCCCUGAGGAGGAUGUGAAGCGACGGGACUUCCCCAGGACGUCGAGGUCGGGUAGGGUUUGGAUGGGGGAUCCGAUGCGGUUUUCUACCAUGUUGGGGAGGAACUACGCCGCCAAUCUUUACAACUUCGCUUGGGCGCAGGCGGUUCAGAACAAGCCUCUGGUCAGCUUCGUCCCCGAGGAGGCGACACCUAUGGGAUCCGGAUCGUUGAACCCUGGGGAAGACGACGCCACGACUGUACCGUCGGGGCAGGAAGACGGUGAUUUGGUGGAGAACAUGGAGUCCAGUGGUCCGGUGGAAAAGGAGGAGGGAGAACUAGAGGAAGGGGAGAUCACUCUGGCAUCUGGGGAGGUUGAUUUCGUUCAUGAAAUCGUCUGCGACCCGUCGAAGGAUGCCGAACAGCCGGUGGUUUCUGAGGGGAUUCCAGUUUCGACGCGAGUGGAGACAAGUGAAGGGGAUUAUUCGAGUGGGGAUUUCGAAUCGGAAACGGAAAUCGACUUCGAUGCGUUAGUCGUCACCACUUUAGAAGAGUUGGAAGCCAUAAAUGAGGAAUAUGCAGAGAAGUAAGUCAUAGCGUAGGAUUUCUGAGACGAGACUUAAAAGAAAUUAUACUUAAUACUCAUAAAUGACGCAAAAAAAGAGUUUUGAUGGAACUUCGGACCUUUGAUAAUUAACUUAGAUGAUAUUUCAUUGGAGGUUCUCAAGAUUUUGGUCUUGUCGGUGAUGAAGCUUUUCUGAAUGAGGCGUUUGUUUCCUUGUACAGAUGUUUUGACGAAGCUUGUUUUCGACUAUGUAAGACAUUGGACGGCUUGCAGAAAAUGGUAGCAGAGAGUAGUCUUCCUGUUGUAGAUGCUUUACUGCAACAGGCACUCAUGGGGGUUCAAACUGUUUACUCUGUAAGAUAUAUCAUGCUUUCCCCGCGUGAAUUGGUGUCUCCUGCCAUGAAUAUUGAUGUUAAUAACCAAAAUGUUGUCAGGUAUAUAUGACGAGGAGUGAUCAGAAUAGGAAGCCACUAUUCAGGUCUUUCUCCACUUCGUCAUCCAGUGGGAUUGCUUUCCUCCUCUUUCUUCAAUUUCUUCAAUCUGACCCUUGUUGUUUUAGGUUGCUUUCUCACCUGAAGAACCGAGUGUCUGCAAUGCUUAAACCUGAGCAGAUGGAGGAGGUACUCUUUUUGCUUUUCCUAUCUUAUUUGAAUGGAGGCAUGAACAUUUUACCCUAACGUUAGAUGCCACCCUUUGCAGGUGAAUGAGAUGAUGCAAUCUUUGGCUUGUGCUGCUGUCGACAGAGGGAUAGAAACAGCACCUCAGCAGGAACCCAGAUUAUUGUGUUCUACUGUUGAUGCUACGGCUAGGAACAAUAACGCUGCUGCUCCUCCCAAGUUGCCCUUGGUAGAAUCACCUCCCAUCCCUAAAAUCAGAGUAGACUAUCAUCCUCUGUUGGAUCUGCAUGCAAACCAUGAUGAGAACAGUUUGCCUUCACCUACCCGGGACGGUGUUCCGCCUUUGCUUGAUCAGAAAACAUUUGGGGAAGGGCCCAGAGAACCAGCUCCUCAGCCUGUCGCUAGGAAAAAAGAUGAAUAUAAACAUAGUGUAUCACGGACCCGUGAAAAAGAUGGCACGACCUUUUCUACUUAUCAGCAGAAAUACUUUCAUGCUUCCUUUCUUCCAUCUAAUGAACUCCCGAGCCCAACUCCUUCCGAAGAGUGCAAUGGCGGUGAUGGAGACUUUCAAGAAGUUUCUAGUUCUCUCAUUCCGAAUGCUGUGACAACUGUGGGUUCAUCUGUAUCAUUGCAGCCUGGUAGUUCUAUCUCUGAUACUAGCUGUGGAGAUAACUUAAGCAGACCAGGAUUGAUUCCUAGUCCAAUGGAAUGGCAGGUGGGCCCUGGCAUAAACUUGGUGGCAAAAGCUUCGUUAAAGAGCAGGGAUCCCAGACUAAAGCACUCGCUCCCGCCGGGUAAUGGUGUAAACUCUGAUGGGCUUACUAAUGUGUCGAUUGCAAUAUCAAGAAAGCAGAAGUUUGUUGAUGAGUCUGUGCUUGAGAAUCAUAAUUUGAAAAGGCAGAGAAAUGAGUCGCCAGAUAGAAAUGAUUUGCAGAUUUCAACAAGGAAAGAUGGCUGGAUAGAAGAUAAUGGCGCCUUGGUGGCUCAACAAGGGAUCAUGGGUCAGCCUAUUGACAGCAGGUUAAACGAGAACAGAAAAAUAGAAAAGGCAGAAGCUAACCCCGGUGGGACGCAGGGUGUGAGCUUAAAAGAGACAAUUGUCAGGAACGAUCCGGCGCCUGCAGUGAGUAGCUCUCCAAUGGUUUCAUUGCUUUCUUUGCUGAAGGACUUUGCUGGAGACUCCACCAUACUGACGCAUCUGGUUAAGGAAAAACAGAGAUUAGCUGUUGAAACUCAGCUGAUGACUGCUAAUUUGGGUCCUGCCGUGACAAAUCCUUCAAUCAGGGAGAGAACCCCUGAAGCUGUUCCUUCAACAAGCGGUCCCCCACCAAGGUUUCUACAAUCUGAUCAAAAAAUAGAUGGCAAAAUUAAAGUGAGCUCUCAAACAACGCAGAUGGUAAGAUACCUUCUUGGUUGAAUAACCAAUUAAUUGGAUAGAUAUGGGUUUGGAAGGUCCAAACCAAUCUUUCUUGUUCUUUGCUGCCUUCUAUUUGGAAACUUAAAUCUCUAGAGUCCUAAUUUUUACAGAUGACUAAUGGCGUGAAACAAGUCAGAAAUUUCUCAAGAAACGUUAUUUCUUGACAAUUGAGAAGCUUACGCUUAGGCUGUUAAUUUCACUUAAUUAUUGAGAUGUGUCACUCGUUUUGAGUACAUUUAUUUCAACUUUAGUUGCAGGAACCCCAGGACGGUGCUGGGAAGAUACGAAUGAAGUCUAGAGAUCCUCGCCGCAUCCUUCACAGUAACAUGCUUCAGAAGAGCGAAGGUUUGGGGAAUGAUCAGUCAAAAGCGAUUGCGGGUCCCUCAAAUACUGAUAGGAACAAGUCAACGACGAAAGCUCUAGGGGAGCCGGUCCAAGCUGCUUUGUCACCUCCCCAGCUAACCCUGGUGCCCAAUGCACCCAACCAAUUUAAUAAAGGCGUUAAGAACAUUGCUGAUGCAACCUCUGCUUCACUAGUAGCUGGUUGCGACUUUUCAGGUCCUCAGACUGCUUCCCAGUCUCUGCCAACAAAGGUGGAGAUGGUGGAUGCAAGGACUGCGGCAGAAGAGUCAAAUGAUCAACAAAAAGCGUCUACAUCAAAGUCGUCUGAUCCAUGGGGGGAUAUGGAACAUUUAUUGGACGGUUACGAUGAGCUUCAGAAGGCCGCGAUUCAGCGCGAGAGGGCUAGAAGGAUCGAAGAACAGAACAGAAUGAUUGCCGACAGGAAACUCUGCCUCGUCUUGGAUUUGGAUCACACACUUCUCAAUUCUGCAAAGGUAAUGGAAAAAAAAUGAUAAAUUCUUUUAAAUUAUUUUUCCGUUUUAUCUUCUUCUUAUUAAGCUGACAUAGCUGGAUCUGUGAUCAUCCAUUAGUUUUCAGAGGUGGAUCAAGUUCAUGAGGAGAUUCUGCGGAGAAAGGAGGAGCAGGAUCGUGAGAAGCCGCAAAGAAGCCUCUUUCGGUUCCCCCACAUGGGAAUGUGGACGAAGCUGCGACCGGGUAUCUGGAAUUUCCUUGAAAAGGUACGCUGAUUUUGAUGACGAUCCCAAGAACCCUAUCAACAACACAAUUCUGGUUCUUCUUGAUGCCCAAUGGGUACCUGAAAUAUGCCCAAAAAAUUCCGACUUGAUUUCUGGAAGUUUUUUUAUAUCUCGAUGGCCAUUGCGAUUUCCGAUAACAAAAAAGAGAUCCUAAGAACCCUAGAAACGCAGACAAUUUUGGUUUUUUUUUUCCUGCAACGUGUGCUUUGAUUUACAGUAAGCUGAGCAUCCCUGUCCCUGAUACUGCUGCAGACGAGCAAGCUCUUCGAGCUGCAUCUGUACACCAUGGGCAACAAGCUCUACGCCACGGAGAUGGCGAAGGUGCUCGACCCCACCGGCGUGCUCUUCGCCGGCCGAGUCAUUUCCAAGGGAGACGACGGCGACCUCUUCGACGGCGACGAGCGGCUGCCCAAGAGCAAGGACCUGGACGGCGUUCUGGGCAUGGAGUCGGCGGUGGUCAUCAUCGAUGACUCCUUGCGCGUAUGGCCCCACCACAAGCUCAACCUCAUCGUCGUCGAGAGGUACCCUCCCUCCUCCCCCAUCCUCGUUCUUCUUCUUCUUCUUCUUCGCUAUGGCGGCGAUGGCGGCCUGAAGCGCGAGCUCCUUCUGCAGGUACACCUACUUCCCUUGCAGUCGGCGGCAGUUCGGCAUGCCGGGGCCUUCCCUUCUCGAUAUCGACCACGACGAGCGGGUCGAGGACGGCACUCUCGCCUCUGCGCUGGCGGUCUGCGGCUCGUCCUUCCUCCUCUCUUCUUCAGGAGAAUGGGGCGAUUGUUGGUGCCCUAACUGGUUUUGGUUUUUCCCCUGUUGCGAGCAGGUCAUCGAGAGGAUCCACCGGACCUUCUUCGCCGACCGGUGCCCCGCCGGCGUGGACGUGAGGAACAUCAUCGCCGCCGAACAGCGGCGGAUCUUGGCCGGCUGCCGCAUCGUCUUCAGCCGGAUCUUCCCCGUCGGCGAGGCCAAUCCCCAUCUCCAUCCGCUCUGGCAGAUCGCCGAGCAAUUCGGCGCCACCUGCACCAAUCAGAUCGACGACCAGGUCACCCACGUCGUCGCCAACUCGCUCGGCACCGAUAAGGUCCUCCCUCCUCCUCCUUCCGCCGCCGCUCGCCGGAGAAAUCUCCGCCGGAGAAAUUUUAUCCCCGUGUCUCUCUAUUGCUUCUCAGGUCAACUGGGCUCUAUCCACCGGGAGAUUCGUCGUCUACCCAGGAUGGUGAGAAAUCAUCAACUCCCUUCUGCUUCUCCUUCUUCUUCAUCCCCGCGGCGACCUCCGCCGGCCGGUGGCAGCGCCGCUGCUUCUAACCGCUCUGUCUCUGUGUCUUGCAGGGUUGAGGCGUCGGCUCUGCUGUACCGGCGUGCUAGCGAGCUGGACUUCGCCAUUAAACAGCCGCUUGCCCAGCCACCGUAG